AUGAUGCCCCGCACCGGUAUCUUCAGGACAUCCACCAAGUUAUCUCCACCUGCUUCCCUCUUAGCAGCAAUUCUUACUUGCGCACUCUCAUUGCUGAUGCUGCUCUCCUUUAUAUCAGAACACAAUCACAGUCGCCCCCCUGACCGCACUUCCGAUGUGAGGCUGUCUGAGGGCAUCUCGCCAAUAUGGGAUCUGUACCUGCCGCCGGUAUCGAUGUACUUCGAGGACUCGGUGCGCUAUGGGUUGAAUGGAAGCGAUGCAGACGCGGAGUGGGCAGCACUUCUUCCCCCCGAUGGCGGUUGCGUGCGCUUCGGACCAGUAGGGGCAACGUACAUGCCCUCCAUGUUCCAUCAGCUGGCCUGCUUGGACCUCCUGCGUCAAUCUUACGUCGCGCGUGAAAGUGCUCUGGCAGGCGGUUCUCCUGUGAGGGUUACUUCAUGUCUGAACUACAUACGGCAAACAGUGUAUUGUCGUAGAGACGUACGGCUCGAGCCCGUCGUCGAUCCAGACGGGUCUCACGCUGUACAGCCAUGGGGACCAAAGUCCUGUAAAGACUGGAGACGGGUGUAUGAAGAGCAGGAGCGCAGUUCACGCGGUGGUGAGCGGUCUCAACUUGAUGAGCGCCCGUGA